AUGGCCCCUGCAUAUGCACAGACCAAGCUGGUCGACUUUGACCAGAAGAGCUUGUUCAUCUCUGCCUGCUCCAUCGCCUUCAACCCCCUCUUCUGGAACAUUGUUGCGAGACAAGAAUACCACAACAAGGUCCUGACCAAGCUGUUUGGCGGACGCUCCCAGACUGCCUGCUAUGGCCUCGCUGCGACCAUUUUCAGCAUCGGUAUCGUCCGUGAUCUGCUCUACGAGAGGGCGCUGCGACACCAGCCCUCGCACCCGCUCCUCGAUAGCGAUCUCGUCACAUACAUCGGCUACGCCUUGCUCGCGUGCGGGAAUAUUCUGGUCAUCUCGUCCACAUGGGCUCUCGGUAUAACUGGAACUUUCCUCGGUGACUACUUUGGCAUCCUCAUGGACGACAUCGUGACGGGCUUCCCCUUCAACGUCACUGACGCGCCCAUGUACUAUGGCUCCACCAUGAGCUUCCUCGGCUCCGCCCUCGUCUACAGCAAGCCUGCCGGCAUUUUGCUGACUGGCUGGGUGCUGCUCGUGUACCUGGUCGCUCUGCGGUUCGAGAACCCUUUUACGGCUGAGAUUUAUGCCAAGAGGGAGCGCGAGAGGGCUGCUGGCAAGAAGGAGGGCAAGAAGCAGCGAUAA